AUGACAUCUGCCAAUCACACUGAUGUACAUGAGUUUGUUCUCCUGGGGCUUACCAUCCACCCAGAUCUCCAGGUCCUCCUUUUCUUGGCUUUCCUGGCUUUGUACAUAGUGACCCUUUUGGGGAACUUUGGGAUAAUUAUGUUAAUCAGGACUGAUUUUCACCUUCACACCCCCAUGUACUUUUUCCUUUGCCACUUGGCUUUUGUCGACAUCUGCUAUUCUUCCAUCAUCCUUCCCAAAAUGCUGGUGCAAAUCCUGAUGGAGGAGAAAACCAUUAGCUUCAUGGGGUGCGCAGCCCAGCUCUGCCUCUUUGUCAUUUUUGGGGUCACUGAGUGCCUCUUGCUGGCCGUGAUGGCAUAUGACAGGUACGUGGCCAUCUGCAAGCCCCUCCUGUAUCCCAUCAUCAUGUGCAGAUGGACGUGCUGGUGGCUUGUUGCUGGUUCCUAUGCUGUCGGCAUCUUGCACACGGUGACACACACCACUUUCAUCUUUACUUUCUCCUUCUGCCGUUCCAAUGUUAUCAACCACUACUUCUGCGACAUUGCCCCGCUCUUAGCCCUUUCCUGCUCUGACACUCACACCUAUGAGGUGGUUGUCCUUGCACUUGUCAGCAUAAACUGUUUCAGCACCAUGACCAUCAUCUUUGUCUCCUAUGCUUAUAUACUCCCUGCUGUCCUGAGGAUCCACUCUCCAGAGGGCAGGAGAAAAGCCUUUUCUACCUGUGCCUCCCACCUGACAGUCGUCACCAUGUUUUACGGGGCAAUUUUAUUCAUGUACCUGAGACCCAGCUCCACCUACGCAUUGGAUGAGAACAAGAUGGCCACGUUGUUUUACACCAUCAUGACCCCCGUGCUGAACCCCUUGGUCUACAGCCUGAGGAACGGGGAAGUGAAGUCUGCCCUCAGAAGAGUGUUGGGGAGAAGGUAG